UCCUUAAUAUUUUAAAACCCAAAAAUUAAAAUUGCACUCUCUGGUUCUUCUUUUCAGCCAUGCCAACAUCUUCCUCUUCUUCAACAAGAAUUCGGCAAAGAAGCAAUGAGUACACCUCUGAUGAAAACCGGGUUCUAUGGUGUAAUUGUCGUGUAAGUCGGAUUGCACCUCUAUACACUUCUUGGACUGAAAAAAACCCUGGACGAAGGUUUUAUGGGUGCGUAAAUUAUAAGAAUGGGGGCUGCAACUUUUUUGAAUGGCACGACAAGGAGAUGACAGGAAGAGCACAACAUGUGAUUAACAAUCUCAUAGCUGAAAAUGAAAUUAUCAUGGACAGAAGGUGCAAGAGAAGAAACAAUUAUGGUGAGGAUGUUGACACUCUAUGGCAGGAAUUCAAGCUUCUGAAGAUUUCAGAGGAGAAAAGAAAUGAGGACCUGUUUGAGGCUAGAAAGAAAAUGAAAAUUGCUUAUGCUAUUGCUGCCUUGUCUUGGGGAGUUUUGAUUCUGUAUUUCUUAGGUUGAAUAGGUUGUUUGGUCCAUGAAUUGUAAUGCAUAUUUCAGUUAUCUGAGUUUGGAAUGCAAAAUUGAGUUAUGUAAUGGUUUAUUGUGUGCUAAAUGUUUGCAAUGGUA